GAUCAAAUACCCUGCAGCAACCGCCAUCAACAUCGACGUUUUGCUCAUGAUGGCUUCGCGAGAAGAGCGCAUGCAACAGCGUCUACGUGGAGCACAACGGCGACAAGUCAAAGAUGUUGACUUUGGUUUGGUCUUCCCGGGCGCUGCUCCAGAGCCAGAAUCGGAACCUCCUGCUACACUCGAAUCUCCACAACUUGAACUGCCUCAAUCCGAACCACUCCCACAGCUAUCCAGCCGCAGAACGCCUGCCAGUCGUCAACGAGCAUCGAAUGCAGCUAUUGCACAAGAGAUAAGCAGACCACCAGGAUCUCAUAGCACGAUUGAUGCAAAUACAUCCGCGAAGCGACGCAAAUUAGACACAGAUGAUACACCUGUUUCUUCUGCUCGAAGCACUCGAUCGCGUCCUGCGCCACGACCCGAUGUUUAUACAUUGAGGGAUGAUCCGCAAGAUGAGACUGCGCUUGAUAUGCUUCUGGAUACUACAAAUGACUCUGUUACAAGAGAACCAGUGUACACUCCUCUUGUGGAACAAGCUCUUGUCGCAGGAACUCCAGCUACACGUUCUAGAGCCAAAACUCCUCUGUUACAAAGCCAGGUCGUUGACGAGGUCACCGAAAGCCCGAAGGAUGCCCCAGGUAGUGGACAGAGGGUACAUACUGGUGGUAACAAUGCAGGGACUUCAAGUUCGCGCCGUCAAAGCAUACAGGGCGACAGUACCAUCCAAACAGAGUCAGAAACUCCCAUCCGGCAGAAGAAACGAAAGCGGCCAGUGUCUCAUCCGCGACCCUCACCCAGAAAUACUAGACGAUCACUCCAAAACCAAGUGCUACAAGAUACGUCUCUUGAGCUCGAUGAGUUGUCGCCAGAACAAACAACUCGACAUACACUAGCACCAGAACUUGAAUCGGAAGCACCAAUGUCCGAAGAUGAACCUCUAGAAGAAGAACCAGAGGAAGCCGAAGCUAUUAGCGAUGAACAGGCUGCUAUGGUUCUAAAGAAAAACAAGGGCCGGAGAAUAUCUAGGGGAGUUCCUAAUGUUCCUGCGGAUGCCAGCGAGCAGAUAUCUUCACCAAUGGCAAAGAAACGACGAGGAAAACAACGUAAAGAUUUGAGUCCUGUUCAGCAGCGACAUGCUAAACAGGCUCCUCCGAAAACGAAGCAAGCCAAGGCUAUCAAGAAAGUCCGCCUUGGCAGUCCAAUUCCUAUCACUAUUCAUCGAUUCACAAAUCCUCUAGUAUACGAUGACGAUGAAGCGGACGCGGAUAUCCUCAACUCAGAGAUUCCACAAGCCAAGCGGCCCGGUGUGAACACUAUAGAUGUUCUGAGUGAAGUUUGUGGAGAGGUCGUGGCGGCUGCUUUGCAGACUCUCGACGAGGGUGGUACCGCCUGUGAUGAUGCUGCUUUACGUCGCGAGUACAAGAUCAAAUGGCAAGCUGUAGCUGCUUUUGGGAAGGAAAUACAGACACGUUUACUGGAACAUACUAUCAAUCUAGAUAACGGAUACUCGCUCGAAAGACGACUUCGAGAUGAGCAAAAAAAGAAGCUUCGUCUUCGAGACGAGAUUCUGCGCAUCCGAGCCGAGCGGGAACAAGUAGCUCUGCAUAUGGACGAAGUCCGAAUCAAGCACGAGAAUGCGAAGAUGGAUGCUCAAAAGCGAGAUGACCUCAAUGCCAAUGUUCAUGACAUCGAGAUGGCGAUCGACCUGGGCAAGCAGAAACAACAUGACGAGGCCGAACAAUCGACCGAAAUGGUUGGCACAGAAGUGCUUCUCAAACGAGUGGCCGGAGAAGUCAGUAACAAGAGUGACUCCGGAGGACUACUGAGGCAGAUCAAGGACUUUAAUGCGUUUUUGGAACGAGCUGCAUUAGCGUUGGAAGGCAAAAUGGUUUGAGGGCGACACUAUACCCCUGAAAUGAGUUUAUGGUAACCAAUACGUCUACAUUCCAGGCUUGCAGACUGGUCUAUUAGGACAUAAUCACAUAGUAUCAUCCGUUUGCAG